AUGACCAUUACAUCAUCAAAUGUCUACAUUUCAUGGAGAAUAUUGUUUGUGAAUAGUUUCAAGAGUUCUGGAGUACAGGAGCGUGCCGGAAAGUCAUCACUUCUUCAGGCUCUCUUUCGAUUGGUCGAUCAAUCGGCAAUUAGCGGAACUAUUCUCAUCGAUGACAUUGAUAUUGGUCGUCUUUCACUUGAUUAUCUUCGCUCUCAUUUAAGUGUUAUUCCACAAGUACCAAUAUUAUUCGGUGGUACACUUCGAUACAAUAUUGAUCCAUUCGAACAAUUUUCAGAUCAAGAUUGCCUUAGCGCACUGGAAGCUGUUCAACUCAAACAAUUGAUGCGUAAUCAUCCCGAUGGACUAAGCCUAUUGGUGGCUGAAUCGGGAACUAAUUUGAGUGCUGGUGAACGUCAACUGAUCUGUGUAGCACGAGCCAUUCUGAAGAAGAGUCGCAUAUUACUUAUUGAUGAGGCUACAGCAAACGUUGACCAUAUGACCGAUAGGAUGAUUCAAGAGGUUAUUGCUGACAAGUUUCGUGAUCGUACCAUAUUAACGAUUGCACAUCGAUUGAAUACAGUAGCCAAUAGUGAUCGAAUUCUUAUGUUAGAACGAGGAGAGGUAGCUUACUUCGAUGUACCUAGUAAUAUUAAUCUAACUUAA